GAACAGGGAUCGAGAACCCAGACUGAGGAGCUGACCCCCCUCAAGUCCCAUUCGACCCAUUCGACCCCCCGAUUUGCCCCCUUUCCUCGGCCUUUCGUUGCGGGCUUCAACCUCGAUUCGAGCCCACGCUAGCGAUCUGGGACCUGAUUGGAUGGCUUGAUUCGAGUGCCAUCAGAAACACCUCUCCAGUUCCUUGAUCUGUCCCUCCGGACGUCCAUCUCGUCCUUUGGGUACUUUGCAAGUUUGCUCCCACCCACGGCCUUUCUUCCGCUCUUUGUCGAUAUUCGCGCUCGUCGUAUGGAACCACGUCAGGGACAUUAAUCGAGAAAUCGUGGUGCUCAACGAUUGCUUGAUCGGGUCGUCCCUCACCGAGAUCUUGGAGUGGACUGUGGGCUUCUUUACUUGCUUGGUUGUGGUCUGGCUGGCUCGCUGAUCUCAUGGGCCUAAAGUCACCAUCUUAAAGGCCAGAAUUUUACCCCUCCGUUAAUUUGGGCGGGAAUUGAAUGAAGAGUGAAUUGAUUAUUGAGUGCCAUGUCGUCGUUUUACUGUCACGAAUGCUCCCAACGGUUCACACUGACCAAUUCGGAUUCGGUGAACUUCCAAUGCCCUCAUUGUCAAUCGGGCUUCAUCGAAGAGUGUGAAGAUUUGGCUCCUAUGGGAGGAUUCAUGGAUGAAGCUGACGGCCCCGAAGACCCCAAUCAACGAGUACAGAUGUCUGCGGAAAACUUCAUUCGUCAACUACUCGGUCCCAUGAUGAUGGGUGCAGCAGGUCCAAUGGGUCCGCGGGAAGGUGGACCUAGAUUCACUGUUAGGGAGUUUCCUCCUCGUGGUGCCGAGGGAGGUGGAGCUCUACCUGGUUUAGGAAUGGAGGGCCAGAAUUUUCUCCAUGAUCUCAUCCAUAACUUGGCGGGAGUCGAUGGAGGUGAGCGUGGCGCCCCUCAUUUCCACUUCAUGCCCGCAAACAUGGGAGCGGGUAUGACACUUUACGGCAAUCCUGGAGACUAUGCGUGGGGACGGGGUGGAAUAGAUGCCAUUGUGACCCAAUUGAUGAAUCAAAUGGAAGAGGCAGGUCCACCCCCAAUGAAAACUGAAGACAUACAGCAACUCCCAACGGUAGAAAUCGCCGCUCAGCACCUCGAAGAGAAAAGUCAGUGCUCUGUUUGUUGGGAAGAUUUCAAACCCAAAGAACAAGUGAAGCAACUCAAAUGUGAUCACCUUUUCCAUGAUAACUGCAUCAUACCUUGGCUUGAACUCCACGAUACCUGUCCAGUUUGUCGAAAGUCGCAACGUGAAAUGGAUAAAGAUGCAUCUGGUGGACAAAUGGACACCUCAGAUCAAACUGGGAACCAGCCUUCGGCGGAAGGCGUGUCGCAGUCAGGGUCAAACCCGAGCGGGGCCAUACUACCGAGGUUCUUAUCGUCGGUUUACGACUUAGUCGGGGGCGGGUCGUCGAAUCAAAGAGGUCGUUCGACUGCGAAUGGUGAACGCCCAUCUACGUCGAGCACGUCAGAAAGCACGACCUCUGCCACACAUUCAACGCCUUCUUCUUCAUCUUCAUCUUCAUCGCAAAGCCAAACAACCACCUCGAACCCUCAAAGCUCAGCUUCUCAUCGGCCUUCCUCUGGGGCCGAAUAUCAGGAUUUUGACCUAGAAUAAGGCAAUAAUAGACUUCGCCGUUAACAAUGUUGCUAAUGGCUUGUGAAGUAAACCGUUGAAACAUUAAAUUUGGGGUUCACA